AUGGGAUAUUGUGUGAUUGAACACACUUACCAUUCUUCAACAGAAAAUAGCAAAUCACAAGGAAUUUAUUCUUUAUACUCUGAGUUUAGUUCUAUUAUUGAAAAAGUUCAACCUCCAAUUAGACAAGAAGGAACAUUUUGUCAUAUCCCAAGUAUUCGUGUUAUUCCUAAUUGGAAUGAUUCUAUUUCAAUGUAUGCUAGUGAUGGUGAUACUUUACAAGUAGAUAUUUUUCCAAUUCAAUUAGAAGUUAUUAAAAAGUUUCAUAAUGAAUAUUCAACAACUCGAUUACCUGAAAAGUUUAAUUCAAUGUUACGUGAAGCUAAACAACAAGUAGAAAAAAGUGCAACAAUGUUAUCACCAUCAAAUCAAUUAACUUCUCCUAGAAUGAGAGUUCAUCAUAUUUCAGACGUAGUAUUUGGAAGAGCCUUUAAUGUGGCAAUGUCACAAAAACCACCUUGUAGUUAUACUAAAGCAUUACCUCAUUUAAUUUAUAUUAAAACAGGAAAUGUUAAAAAAGAUAUACCUGCUUUAUGGUUUAAAUGUUCAAUGAAAUCAAGUACUUCUAUUGAACCAGUAACAAUUAUGUAUAUGCAUGAUUGUGGAGAAGAUUUAGGAUUAAUAACCUCAUCAUUAGAACUAUUAACAGAAACAAUGCAUUGUAACAUAUUAGCAUUUGAAUAUCCAAGUUAUGGAUUAUUUGACCAACCUUAUUCAGAUGAAUUAUUAGCAGCAAAUGCAGAAUAUGUGUAUUCAUAUAUUACUUCUAUUUUACAUAAACCAACUAGUAGAUUAAUUUUAUGUGGAAAAGGAGUUGGUGCAGCUGUAUCUUUAAUGUUAGCAAGUAAAAAAAAAACUAAGAAAAAUGAAACAAUUGCAGCUGGAGUAAUAAUGAUAAGUCCUAAGAUGGAUCCAUCUACAUUUGGUAAAGGAAUAUUUGAAAAUGCUAAAAUGAUUAAAAUGGUAAAAAUACCAGUGUUUGCAAUUUAUGGACAACAAGAUAGAUUUGCUGGUGGAAUGAAAAAAUUACAGUCUAUUAUUAAAAAUGCACAAGACUUUAUAUGUAUUCCUGAAGCUAGUGAUGAUAUUGAAUCAUCAUAUUAUAAUGAAUAUAGUGAAACAUUAAGUAGUUUUAUUGUAAAAUUAUUCCCUGAAUUUUCAUUAUUAUUUAAUGGAGCUGAACUUGAGAAAAUGAAACCAAAUAAAUAUAAUGAUAGUCCAAUUGAGGUAAUGAAAAAACUAUUAACUCCUCUUGGCUUGGAACAGUAUGCCGAAGUAUUUAUUUGUUUCGGAUAUAUUAGUCAAGAUGAUUUAUUUAGUAUGGAUGAUGAAGAAUUGGCAAUGAUUGGUCUUCCUUCUGAAGAUCUUUCUAAACUCAAAGAAUUCUUAAAAAAGAAGAGGUCUAACUCUUCUCAUGCAAUGGAUAAACGGAUUAGGGGUGGUUCAAUGAAUGGUCCUAAUCCAAUAACUCCAGACUUAACAAAUGAUAUUAUUUCACCACCAAAAACUCCUCACUUCUAA